ACUGCUCACAGCCCACGGGGCUCCUUCCAGCCUAAGCAGAAGGGAGCAGCUGACCUUGGGGACAAAAGAGUCACAUCCAUCACACGGGCAGCAAGAACAGAGCAAAGGCCCAUGCAGCUGCUCUUCUACACACCACAAGGUCACUCAGCAGCCACGCAGACAGAAAGCUCUGCUGCAGGGCUGUCACCCAGACUGAGUGACUCAGAGCAGGGCUAAAGCCUGCAACCCCUGGCACUCACCACUUCUCCCUCAAACCCUCCCUGCAAACUCAGGUCAGCACGCCCCGGCUGUGUGCACGAUGGGCGCAGCGAAGCAGCAGAACUGCACAACUUCUGCAAGCAUAGAAGGAGAGUCCGCCAGGGCAAUGUGUAUUCGAGGGGGCCCUGGGUAGUGCACUGUAAAACAGAUUAAGUCAUCUGCUAAACAUUUGUCAACACUGCUGUACACCAUUUACAAACUUUAAUAUAAAUAGCAAUAUUUUUCCACAUUCCUAAUAAGAGAUUAUACUAGCUUCUUGUUUACCAAAUAUUUCAAUGGGUUUUGUGCUUGGUUUCAAUGCCUCUCAGUAAACGUAUGAGAAGAAUAGGAAGGGAGGAAGGCAGACAAGUGAUUAAGGGUAAAAGAAAAACAAAACAAAACAAGAUAAAACUGCAGAAAGCAGAAAGAAAACGGCCACAAAGCAGAGAUUUAUCACCUGUCCCAAGAAUAAAUCUCUGGGUCUCAGAGCGUGCCUAGAGCAAACGUGACGCAACCCUGUGAACUCCAGUGCAGAACACUCCCAUUAACAGAACAGAAGCCAUCGGGGCAGCCAGCCUUACAGAAGAGGUCACGGCCAGGCCUGGGAACUGCUUAAGAAAAGAAAACACCCUAAACUUCAGCUCACUGCUUUGCUAAAUGCACAAAUGUGUCUCUUUUGAACCCAGCUCAAAGCUGAUCUCUGCGGAAGGACGCCUGAGUGCACUAAAAUAGCACUGCCCAGCUGCAGCACUGACAUUUGGAGUACAGCAGGCAGAGCAGCAAGGCACGGGGAGCAGCUCCUCAGCUCUGCACUCCGAAGCACACACCGACAGCUGAGGACAUCGAGGGAGGAACACACCAAUGAGCACGGCAGGGCAGCGCAGGAGGCUUCGCUGUGAGCAGGAGAAGCACAGCUACAAUGGACAGAGUUGGAUGCCUGCUCUCCCCAUGCUGAGCUCAGCGCUGGACAGACCCACUCUGCCCCACACCAGCCUGCAGAGGUCCCAAAAGCGAGGAAGGCACUGAGACCCUCUGAAAGCCACUGCCAUGCUCAGGAGAGCCCCUUCCUUUGAGCCAGGUCCGAGCAUACCACACAGGCUGCUAUCUCUAUUAGUUGCUUACUACCUUUUGCUACAGGAGCACCACUGAAGUUUCUCUGCCACUCUGUGCCCAGCAUUGCACUGAGCACACGGCCAGGCUCUGCUCCAAGGGCCGCACACAGACCCUGCUGCAGAGCACACCUCCAUCAGGGCUCUUCUAUCAGCCCUCUCUCAAAACGUCAGAGAGAAGCUUGGCAUGUUCUUCCUCACUGAUAAAUGACAUUUAGCAGUUCAGAAAAGAGUUCUGGAGAAAAUGACCACCAUCAAUCUUCUCUGACCCAGUAGCUGCAUUGCAUGUCUAUCAAACAGCAGCAUUAAUUUCCAUAAAUAGCUGAAAAUGUUCACUUAAUACUGCAGAAUACACUCAAGACAACAAAAACCCACUCCAGUAUGAGCGAGUGCCUGUCAGAGAGAGCUGGAUGCCCGACCAGGAUCAAAGACAUUGUAAGAUGUUCAAUUCCAGCACAAACUCCUCGGGAAGCAGCUGCAGUAACAGCACAGUAAUAACAAAGACAGUCAUUCCCCUGAUCUACUGCCUGAUUUUCGUGGUAGGGCUGCUGCUGAAUGGCGUGGCAGCAUGGAUCUUCCUGUGCAUCUCCAGCGAGAAGAGUUUUAUCGUCUAUCUCAAAAACAUCGUCGUCGCAGAUCUCCUGAUGAGUCUGACAUUUCCUUUCAAAAUUCUCGCCGACUCGGAAAUUGCACCUCCACAGCUCAACACGUUUGUGUGCAGGUACUCUGCUGUUGUUUUUUAUGCAAACAUGUAUAUUGGAAUAACGUUUUUUGGCCUCAUCGGUUUUGACAGGUACUACAAAAUCGUGAAGCCUUUAUUCACCUCCUUUGUCCACACGGCUCACUACAGUAAGGUUAUCUCUGUCAUCAUAUGGCUAUUGAUUAUGUUUAUCACGCUUCCAAAUAUGAUUUUAACUAACGAAAUCCCUAAAGCAAAUUAUUCCAGAACAUGCAUCGGUCUUAAAAGCGAACUUGGCAAACAGUGGCACAAGGUGUCCAGUUAUAUUUGUACAGGGAUUUUCUGGAUUGUUUUCCUCCUACUCAUCAUUUUUUACACUUCAAUCUCAAAAAAAAUAUACAGCUCCUACAAGAAAUUCAGACGGAACUCAGAGUUCACUAAGAGGAAAACCAGCCGUAAUAUAUUCACCAUCAUGUUCGUGUUUGUCCUCUGCUUCGUGCCGUACCACUUCUGCCGAAUCCCGUACACCCUGAGCCAGACCAGCUCACAGUUCGACUGCCGCUCGCAGAGAGCUCUGUUCCACGCCAAGGAGUUCACUCUGCUAUUAUCUGCUGCCAACGUCUGCCUCGACCCCAUUAUUUAUUUUUUCCUCUGCCAACCUUUUAGAGAAAGGCUGUAUCAAAAACUGCACCUCAAGCUGAAAACGUCAGGUGAGGCUGAAAUCACCAAAUCGAGGAGAUCAAACACGCUUCAGGAAAGCGUGAACAUUCUGUAAGUUCAGGUCUGUAGAAUAACACAGGCUUGAAAGUUGCCCCAGAAUGCAAACACUGACACUGCAGAAAGAAACUGAACAGGUGAUGACCAGCAAUAAACCGAAAAAGGUUUCAAGCACAAAAUACCAAGCAAUGUUCUCUAUAUAAAAAGUCUAUUGCAUGCUGUCGGUGUAUUUACUACGUGGCGUUUCAGCUGACUGUGACUGCACUGAGGUGCAUUGUGACCUAUCUGGAUCUCAGAAAAGAGUACCUGGAACAAAACAUUCUGGAGUGCCAGGCCACAGUUCUGAAAGAAUUAUCCCAGCCUUGAAGUGCCCUCAUUCCUCACGAAGCCAGGCAGGACACAUCUGAGGAGCAGCAGGGCAGCCCAAAGGGCCUGCGAACAACAGAUCAUCCCAGCUCAACCGGAGCAGACCCCUUGAAGCAACACGGUCAGCUCAGCUGGGCCUCCUGCCUCAGCCUCUGCCACGGAGAGCUCUCUGUGCAUUCACCAACUCAGACAGCAAAGCCUUUAAUGAAGUGCUCAAAUGCUUUAAUGACCUGCCAAAGAAAAGGCAGCUCUGUGCGUGUGUUGUGUAUAUAUAUGUGUGUGUGUGUGUGUAUAUAUAUAGGCAGUUGUGUAUGUGUAUAUAUAUGUAUACAUGAGGGAGUGAUCAAAUCCUCAAAGAUUUGCACAAAGCCUGAAAAAAAAAACAAAACAAAAAACAA